AUGUUCAUCCACCAUCCACUUUUCAGUAGACCACUCGUUCAGGUCACACUCUUGGGCUUUGUAUGUCUAUGUUGUCCUGGCAUGUGGAACGCUUUAACCGGCCUAGGUGCUGGGGGUUCUAUGAGCUCCAAUGUAGGCCUCACUGAUGCGGCCAAUAGCGCAUUAUACGGGUGCUUUGCGAUCGUUGGGUUCUUUGCAGGCUCUGUCACGAAUACCGUGGGCGUCAAGACCACACUGACUGUUGGAUCUUUAGGAUACGCUUUAUACGCAAGUUCAUUCUGGGUAUACGACCGACUACAAAUUGGUGGGUUUGUAAUUGCAGCAGGCGCGAUCCUCGGCUGCUGUGCCGGAAUCUUCUGGUCUGCCCAGGGUGCCAUCAUGAUGUCUUACCCUGAAGAGCACAACAAGGGCAAAUACGUGGCCGUCUUCUGGGCUCUUUUCAAUCUGGGCGGUAUUGCCGGGUCCGUCAUUGCGCUCGUACUGAAUCUCGAAAACCAGGCUGGUGGUGGUGUGUCGACAGGCACGUAUACGGUGUUUGUCAUUAUCAUGCUCAUCGGCGUCGGUUUAUCUCUAGCGUUGUUGCCACCUUCACGCGUGGUUCGAGAUGACGGCACUCGUAUUGCUAUAGCUUGUUCACCAUGUUGGACAACGGAAUUUAAAGGCGCCUUGUUGGUUUGGAAAGAGUGGCGUAUGCUUGCAUUGAUACCAGCAUUCCUUGCAUCCAACUGGUUUUAUGCGUACCAGUUCCGCAUCAAUGCCGUUUAUUUCAAUCCAUCGACGCGUGCGCUAAACGAUGCAAUGUACUGGUGUCUCCAGAUCAUUGGUGCCUUAUUGAUUGGUGUUUUGCUUGACUACCGGGGCAUGUCAAGGCGACGUCGUGGCCUGAUUGGACUCGGUGUUUUGUUUGUGGUGCUCAUGACCGUGUGGGCCGGUGGACUUGCCUUCCAGCUUACAUUUGAUAACGAUUAUGCGGAUCCGAUUCAUUGGACGGCGUCUAGGUUCGCUGGCCCGUUUGUACUGUAUAUGUUUUAUGGAUUUGCCGAUUCGCUAUAUCAGACAUACAUCUAUUGGCUGAUGGGUGCCAUGUCCAACGACCCUGCGUUGCUUGCACGCUAUGCCGGAUUCUACAAGGCCAUGCAGUCAGCUGGAGCAGCUGUUUCUUUUGGAAUCGAUGCAGCGGAUAUUCCGCUACGAUGGGAAUGCUUGAUCUGCUGGCUUCUGGUAUUUAUUUCAUUCCCACUUGCAUUCCUCGUGGCAAACACGGUGUCCGAGAGCAACAAAGGACAGCAACAAGAUAAUGGCGAUGAUAUCAUUGAUGACGAUAAGAAGACAUCUGAAACCAUUGAGUGUAUCAAGGAACCAGCGCAAGCAAAAACUUGA